AGCCAUUUUGGCUCAAGGCUGCAGCCGCUGGCUCCGCCUGGCCACCCCGCCCGCCCACCCGCGCGCGCGGGCCUGUCUGGCAGGGGUCCGCCCCGAGGCGGCGCGCGGUCGUGGCAUGGACGGCCGGCUGCUCGCCAAGCUCGACCGGGUGCAUUCGUUCCUUUGGAAGGACGAGGUAAGCGAAACUUACAGCUGCACCGUCCCCGGAGUACAUGGGCGGGUGGCAGUGAAGGUGUUCAUCAAAGUGAAUCUGCGGGGCUCCAAGGAGGCGCAGGUGCUGAAAGACCUCGAACACCCGAACCUCAUCCACCUGCUGCACGUCAUUUCGUGCAAGCCCUUGUGCCUCGCGUACGAGAUGUGCCCCGGCGGCACGCUGCGCUCUCUGCUCUCUUGGGCAAGCAGCAAGACGGGCGAUCCAUCGAGUCAGCAGCCGGGGCUCACUGUGGAUCACCGACUGCAGGCGGUCGCCCAGACAGUCUCCGCCGUGGCGCACUUGCACAAGAAGGACAUCGUUCAUUCUGCCGUGAGGCCGGACAACAUCUUUCUCGCUCACCCAGUGGGCCACGGGCCUGAGGGCAUCGUCGUGCCACAGGUGCUGUUGGGCGACGUGGGCUUGUCCCGUUUCUUGGAAGACGAGGUCGAACAAACCCCUUCAUUCGGCACUUUGAACUACAUGGCGCCAGAGGUGCUGCUGCGAGCCUCAUACGGCCUAGCCUCUGACGUAUUCUCAUGUGGCGUGAUAAUACACGAGGUGUUAACGGGCAUUGUGCCGUACAGCGACCUGAACAUCGCAAGCCAUAUCUUAGUGUUGAAGGUAUGUGCGGGCCUACGGCCGAAUAUCAGUCUCUUACACGCAUGUGGCGCGGCCAAGCUGCAGAUAGCAAGCAUCUUGGCUUUCGCAUGGGAUGAGGACGUUAACACCAGGACGACAUCGGAAGAGUUCGAACUAACUCUUUUCGGUUUGAUUGACAAGCGUCAGAAGGCCAGUCUGUAGACGGGGCACGAUAUGCACAGGAACUGGUGAGCGCGCGUCCCUUUGACAGCGUCUUACUCGCAUGUCUGCUCCGCCAACAAAACCGCUGCCGCCACGUCGGGUUCGCGUGUCUCUGACCCUCUUGCCGCACGGCUGUGUGAGGUCGCCCGCCUCGUCAUCAUCACUAAGUGUUACGCCCGUGACAUGCCCACGUACAUGCGCUUUGCUUGUGCAGUUGUCAAGUUCCGCAUCCAUCUCUUUCUAAAUUUCUUUCUUGUCUGCCGUCCACGACGAUGGCGAUGAGCCUGGGAACGAGGAGCCACAGACAGUGAAGCAGCACCCCUGCCAGACACUUUGCCGUUCCCGCUUGCUCUGGGACAUUUGCCCCGGCAGCGAGAAGCGAGCCUAUCUGAUCUAGCGUUUGCCGCGCAGCUCGGCCGUUGCUUUAUGCUGCAGUCGUUGGAACUGGCAAACGCUCGAGGCUGUUCCUAAGUAUUAUGUCCAUCUGCUCGGUUUGUGUUGAAUACGUCCUGGGCGUUGGCCAUUUUUUCCGAGUCCUCCUCCGGCAAUGACCAGCCAAGUUGAAUCCGCAGCGCCGCGCCCCACCUGCCUCCCCCCCUCCAACCCCUCCUGUGCUUGCUCCGCAGCCCCCAUAUUCGCAUUGCCCCGUGGCGCUUUGCACAUGCGGAAGCAGCGUUCCACUCCGUUUCUUUAUCGGAUGUAGAAGGACUCUGAUUUCUGACCACCCCCCUGCUCUGGUUGGGCUUACGCCAGCCCGUGGGAACCACACUUUUAACUGUUGCGCGCCUGGCAAAAAAAAACAAUGCGCCCGCGCUCGCAGCCGCUCUUCGGGAUCGCUCAGGCGUGUGUGCACGUUCCGGAUGCUAGCGUAGAGGAUGUGCAAGGAUCUCGAGAUUCUGCUAGCCAUCCCCAGUAGCUUGGGUCGAGCCCACGCCCGCCCAUGGAAGGCACUCUUUUUCAAUUUCAGAACUUGUUGUCUCAAUGAAUUGUUCCGCGCCGGCCACUUUCCAAGGGACACAGCCACAUUCCGAGCAUGGGGCAUGGAAACAAGGCUUGGUAUUUUCACGAAGUUGCAUGUGGGCUCAACAGGCUCGCGUUUUGACUUCUGCAGCACGGUCGCCCCUCUUUUUCAUAGAGCGUCAUUCAGACGGCAGGCUGGGUUCUUGAGUAGGGCACGCACAGCCAGGGUGAAACAUCUAGAUGAGGAGGAG